AUGACGUCUACGCCGAAGCGCAUCGAGGAAGAAUCUCUGUCGCGGUACAAGAGCUCUAACUACUACCCUGUCAUCCUAGGCGACGUGAUCGGCGGCCAGUAUGUCGUCAAGGCUAAGCUUGGAUUUGGCGGACACUCUACUACAUGGCUCUGUACGGAUGAAAGGUACGUUCGCGCCGGGUUCAACGACUUCAAAAGGUCUGCUAAUCGUGGAAAGCAGACAGAAUUUCAAGGUGUUGAAGGUGUUGACAGCUGAGAGCGGGGGCUCCAGAGAGGCGAAAGUUUUUGCCCACAUUCGAAGCCAGGCGUCGGACUCACAAAACGUAGGAAAGUACUGCGUUCGUCGUCCCGAGCACAUGUUCGUCACUGAGUCGAAAGGCAACAAACAUCAAUGCUUCAUUUUUGCACCGCUUGGCCCAAAUCUACUGGAAUUUGUAUCAAAUCGUGAGUCGGGGUGUUGCCAUCUUCACGAAGUGCGCUGGAUGACUGUCUAUUUUCUACACGCGCUGGACUUUCUACACACACACGAUGUUGUACAUACCGGUGAGUCAAGACAGCCGGACGUUCGAUCAAGCAAUGACGUUUAGUAGAUAUCAAACCCGACAAUAUCCAAAUGACCAUAUCCGGGAAUGAGGAUGAAACUCUGCGCAAGUUGUUCGCUGCCGAACAGGAGAAUCCGAGCACCGCAAAGAUCACGGCCGACGGUUCGCCUAUCUACGAAUCUCGCAAGAUGAUGCAGGAUGACCUUGGAUUCCCUAUACUGUGUGAUCUAGGAUCAGCAGUGAUUGGAGAACGGUCUCGCACUGGAACGGUACAAGCUCUGCCAUAUCGUGCUCCUGAAGUCCUACUUGGUGCAGCAUGGGACACGAAGAUCGACAUAUGGAGUCUGGGCGUCUUGGUGAGUAAGAAGUUGGCGAUGUUGAUAACAAUGCUAAUCCUUCGACUGUAGAUCUGGGAGCUCACUUUGGGGGAACGGCUUUUUGGGCAAGGGAAUGAGGUCGACACUGUUGGCUUAAUGGUACAGUAUCUGGGUACUCCGCCUCCAAGCCUGCUGUCACGCUGUUCCCGCCGGUCUGAAUAUUUCGAUGCCAAAGGUAAGCCUCUAUCGUGUGCCUCUUCAAUCAUUUUCUCACGAAGGCUUAGGUCACUGGAGAUACGAGCCCUCAGCUCGGGUGCGGCUAGAGGAUCGAGUGGACGUGACGACAGACUUGCCGUUGUUCUUCGACAUGUUAUACAACAUGCUGAAAUGGGAUCCGGGAGAGCGCCUUCCGGCAUCGCAGCUCUUAAAGCACCCUUGGUUACAAGUUUAA